AUGACAGAAAGUCUCCUUUCUCCAUUUAAUGGUCAGCUAGACCUGCGAGACGCCUACAACUGGAGCCGGAAAGAGACCUAUGAAUUUCUCGAAGAUGUUGUCAGUGAUCCUAACAAGUAUGGUGUACUGUUGGACAGAGUGGACGAGCUGAAAAGCAUCAGAGGACAUCUCUUGCGGCUCAGUCAUCCCGAUGGAGCAGACUUCCGUGCCGGAUCCGACUUAUCGCCAGACCAACACAUCUAUCGUGUCUUAAACCCAGCCUGGCGAGGAGGGAGAGGAGGGCAAUCACAACCUCCACCGCAACCACCAGGCCCUGUAUCAAAAUUUAGUGUGAUGAAACAUAUCCAUAAUGGCAGCGAGUACUGGAGCCCGUUCGAUCUGCUAGGGCAUUUUCUGUCCUUCAUGGGUCCGGCACCUGAUAGUGCGACAAAACGGAACUUCUAUCUCCCCAUGACAGCGGUAUAUGGUCGGUGGUGCCGCCUGAUUGCAGGAACCCAUCCUAGGACCGGUAUAUGCGACAUUCCCUACAUGUUUCAAUGCACCUGGUGUACACCGUUGAGCGACUCUAGCAAACCUACUCGGUUCUUCCUAGGUUCAUCGUUAGCAGGAUACAAUUGGACACCUCAGUUGACGGGCACGUGGGAGUAUGCUCUAAAAUAUGCAAGAUUUGUUCUCGUCGAUGGAAAUCCCUUGCAACAGGCCGGCUAUAACUUUGAAAAUUCGCCAAUGAUCGAGAGAAAAGGGACGGGCUCCACAAGGUUUGGCAAUUGUGCCGAAACGUACCCUUUCCUGGACUUAUUGAUAGGUCACAAUCCUGCCGAAGAAACCUGCUAUGGGCUUGCGCUCCAACAGGACUUUGUUUACAUAGACGACUAUCAGGAUAUGUGUUCGGGCGUUGUGUGGAAGAGUUUGUGUAAUCCUUGUGAUAACUGUAGCGAAACGCACCGAAUGGGCUGGUGCGCCGCCUUGAUUGUCUUGUCGUUGAAGAGUGGCAUCGGCGAUCACGAGAAGGGGGGAAGAGAUAAGAAGGAGAAAGAAGAAGAAUGGACGUCAGAUGAGACUGUCUAG